CACGGCGACUCAGCUUCAUAACAGUACCUCUCGGCGCUGCGCCCGCCGGCCGAGUCCUUCUACCGAUUUCUCGCAUAACGAGUCCCAAUCUAUCCAUGCUUUGCUCCCCCUGGACCAUCUAAAGGGGACGCCAGGCCGCAACCCACCACCCACCACUUCCACGCUUCCACCCCUCAUAUCUUUUCACGAUGCCGUCCAUCCUUAGCGACGACGACAAGGAAACGGUCAAGCGCUGCGUGCCCAAGCAGACCAACAAGAUCCAUGCCGUCGCCGUCGCCAGGCUCUAUGUAGCCUACCCGAACCCAUCUAAAUGGACCUAUACCGGCCUCCAGGGUGCCGUCGUGCUGGCAAACGAUCUCGUGGGCAACACAUAUUGGAUCAAGAUGGUUGAUAUCUCGCCCGGAAACAGGGGAGUGAUAUGGGACCAGGAGAUCUUCGAUACUUGGAGCUACAACCAGGACCGUGUCUUCUUCCAUACCUUCGAGCUUGAGGAAUGCUUGGCUGGCUUGUCUUUCGUGGACGAGAAGGAGGCCAAGCAGUUCCUCAAGAAGAUGAACGACAGGGAAAAGAACGCCAGCAAGGCUACCACUAAGACACCUUUCGGAGGCGCAUCCCAGGCACACCACCACAAGCACCACGGUCUUUUCGGCGGUCUGUUUGGAGGACAUAAGCACGCGUCUCCGACAGCCACCCCGCCCGAGUCGCCGCGCGCCGCUGCACCGGCAGGCCGUAUGAGAGCUGGAAGCACCAAUGGAAUAAACGGAUACAAACCUCCUUCCGAGUUUGCGACUCUGGAUGCUUUCGAUCCCCUGUGGAGGGAACACUUCGGUGACGACCUCAAGGCCCAAGGCCUCGACGACGACUUCAUCCGCGAAAACCAGGACUUUAUCAUUGAGUUCUUGAAACAGGAGCAAGCGAAGCAGGGUAUACACACGAGCACUCCGCCGCCGCCGCCGCCGCCAUCCGCUCCUCCUAAUGGUCCCGCAAUGAGAGCUCCCCCACCACCUCCUCCUGCUGCUGCUCCACGCAGUGUCUCCGAGUCGAUAACUCCAUCGACCUCUAGGAGAGGGCCAGUACCCCCGCCUCCCCCUCCAGCAAGGAGAUCCGGCAAGCUCGACACGGAAAACCACCAGGAACCGGCCCCUCCGCCGAGAUUUGCUGUUCCUCCUCCCAUCGCCGAUGCUGGCAAGUUUGCCCACUCUGAUCCCCCGCGACAUACGCCCUCUGCCCCUGGACCUCCACCACCUCCCCGGCCGCCGAAGACGCCACUCGAAGAUCAGGACCCGAGCCAGAGGUUCAGCGUUCCUCCGCCAUUCACAGGCCAACGAAGUGUACCCCCGCCGCCUCCUAGCCGUAGCUCUGUUCCUCCGCCACCGCCCCCGAGAAAUUCAACUGCGCAACCUCCUCUGCCUCCCAAGGCGCCGGGACCAGCACCUCCCCUCCCGCCUGCGAGCUCACGGCCGCCCCCCAUGUUGCCGACUAGAAGCCCGGCACCACCGCAGGCACCGCCUCUCCCAACCUCGAACGCGCCGCCUCCGCCGCCUUUACCGGCCACCCAGGCGCCUCCACCACCUCCCCUUCCCGCAACCAGCGCGCCUCCUCCGCCACCACCGGCACCGCCAGCACCUCCGGCGCCCCCUCUACCCGCAGCACAUGCUCCCCCGCCGCCGCCUCCCAUGCCACCCAUGCCCGCACCAUCAGGCGGCGCACCGCCUCCGCCUCCGCCUCCUCCACCGGGUGGUAUGGGCGGUGUUCCUCCCCCUCCUCCUCCCCCUCCUCCAGGUGGUAUGCCUCCACCGCCCGCCGCUGCCUUGCCGCCUGUUGACGGCAGCCGUUCGGCCGUGUUGGACGGCAUCAAGACCGCGGGAGGUAUUAGGGCGUUGAAGAAGGUAGACAGAACCCAGAUCCGCGAUCGUUCCGGUGCUGCUAUUCCUGGUGGCUCCGAUAGUGGGCCCGCAAGCAGUGGAUUGCCGCCCGCUGGAGCUGCGCCGGGUGGCGGUGGUGGAAUGGCGGAUGCGUUGGCGUUGGCGUUGCAGAAGAGAAAGGAGAAGGUUAGCAAGAGUGAUGAUGAAGAUGAUGGUGAUGAUUGGGACUAAGUGUCUGAUACCAGCAAUGACACGGUGAAGAGCCACCGGACAAAACCAAGGUUCCAAAUAGGUGAAGAGUGCAGAAGGAAUGAAAGCAAGACUGGAUAGACACCGAUAUCCAGCCAUCAUCCAUCCAUCUGGUCAUUAGUUGGCCAUGAGGAGAUGAUGACGGCGAGGAUGGGCCGUUGCUGGAGUAGGAGGAGGAGGAAGAAGAAGAAGAAGGAGAGGGAGGAAGAGGAAACAAGGGGUGGAAGGAAGCAAGGAAUGAAAGGAAGGAUGCAGUGUCGUUGCAUACUAUAUAUAUAUAGCUUCACCGUAUUUGGAAAUAUUCGCACCUCAUCACUGGUGUUUAACAAGAAAACAAAAGAAAUUU